AGCGGCUUUCGUUCUUUUUGUCUUUGAGACUGCGCUUCCCAUAAUUGAUGUGCUCCGCUUUUCGAUCGCAGUUCCUCAUCUUCACUUUCAAUAAUCUUUUCUCCGUUCCAUCACCAUAUCUCCUAUUUCGAACGGGGUUUCAUCGUCACAAUAACGGGUAUAUCUUCUGGUCUGAGAAAUAGCUCGUCGUCCUCAUCUACGUUGCGUCGUCUGAUCUCCCCAGCGACAGAGAAAUCAUUAAACAUGCAACAUCCAAGGAGAUUUUCUGAGAAUGGCCUGGUCUCCAGCGGUGCUAUAAAGGUUUCGGCUUCUAAUGUAAGUAUCGAGACCUUCAGUUUAAUCAUACACAAUGCCAACUUCAUUAUGUCAGGUUCUUGAUGGCCAUGAAGAACUCCCUGCUAGAAAGAGAAAACUGAGUGAUGUUGACAUGCGUCCACACAAAAAGUCUCUAUUAGCCACGUGAGUCCUAAAUUCCUACUCCUACACAGUGUAUGUGCUAAUCCAUGCAGAUCCCUUGGUGAGGGUGUCACUCUACUUGUUGGGAACGAUGCUGAGAACAAGGAUUCGAAAUUCAUUAUGCACAAAAAUAUACUGUGCGCGGCAAGUCUUUUCUUUGAAGCUGCUUGUAAGCAGGAAAGGCACGGAGAAGGGUAUCAUACGCCUGCCAGAAGAGCAACCCGAAGUUAUCAGAACUUUUGUACACUGGAUUUACGUUGAUGAAUACCUCUGUUUGUCAUUCAAGAACUUCGACACCCGAGGACCAGCGGGUCAACCAGCGGGGAUAUUGGUGAAACCUUAUGUUCUUGGUGACAAAUACCUGAUGCCACGGCUUUGCAACAAGGUAAUGGAUGCUCUCACUGCGUACUGUUUCACAGGAGGUGGUAAAUGUCCAUUGGAAAUACUAGAUCAUGCCUGUAAAAAUACAGCGAAAGAUUCCCAAUUGCGCAAGUAUCUCGCCAGUACCACAGUCGAAUAUUUGCACGAGGCACUGCAUAAUAUGGAUGAAAAGCUCUAUCCUGAGCUUAUUCAUGAUAUAGCAAUGCACUUGAUGCGUGCACGAAGAGACCAUAAGGACUACGAGCCCCCUCUAACGUUCUGUGAAAAGUAUCACAUUCACGGACCAGAACCUAGGACUCCGUGCAAGGAAGGCGAAAGAAAUAGAGGGGGUUGGAUUCUUUAUAGGUAUUGAUCGUCGACGGCAGAGAAA